AUGAAGGACAUCAACUCGCUGCUCUCAAAGCUGACCUUGGAGGAGAAGGCCAACCUGUGCGCUGGUGUCGACAUGUGGCACACCCUCGCAGUGGAACGUGUUGGUGUGCCGGGGCUCCUCUUGACGGACGGACCACACGGGGUGCGGAAAGCGGUGCCGGGGCCAGGUCGCUCCAAGGACCUUGAGGCUGUGCCCGCAACGUGCUUCCCGACUGCAGUGGGCAUGGCGGCCUCGUGGAAUCGCGAGCUGCUGCAGGAGGUGGGCCGUGCGGUGGCGGCGGAGUGCCAGGCGGAGGAUGUUGGAGUGCUGCUCGGCCCUGGCGCGAAUAUCAAGCGCUCGCCGUUGUGCGGUCGCAAUUUCGAGUACUUCUCAGAGGAUCCGUUCCUGAGCUCCCACAUGGCUGCGGCGCUCAUAAAAGGCGUGCAGAGCGGGGGUGUGGGAACGUCGAUGAAACACUUCGCCACGAACAACCAGGAGACCAACCGCACCACUGGCAGCAACUCUGUGAUAGACGAGCGCACCCUCCGAGAGAUUUACCUUGCCAGUUUCGAGUACGCCGUAAAGGAGGCGAAACCGUGGACUGUGAUGUGCGCAUACAACCUUCUUAACGGCGUGACCGUCUCACAGAACGAAUGGCUGCUCAAUAAGGUCCUGCGGGAGGAGUGGGGGUUCGAGGGCCUCGUUGUGUCUGACUGGGGGGCGGUGGACGAGCGCGUGGAUGCGCUGCGCGCCGGUCUGGACCUUGACAUGCCGAGCAACCACGGGGUCAACAGCGCCAAAAUCGUUGCUGCCGUGAAGAAUGGUGCGCUGAGUGAGAAUGUGCUGGACACUUCUGUGCGUCGGAUACUCGAGCUGAUUGCCAAGCGGCAGCGGACGGUCGUUCCCAACGCCAAGUACGACAAGGAGGCGCACCACAACCUUGCGCGUCGUACCGCCCACGAGACCCUUGUGUUGCUCAAGAACAAAGACGGGCUUCUCCCGUUGCGGCGCCAUGGGACUCACAUUGCGGUUAUUGGCGAGUUCGCCAAGAAGGAAUUAUUCCAGGGCGGGGGGAGCUCGUUGGUGACCCCCACUAAAACGGUGCGCGCCUGGGAUGCGAUGUGUGAGUUGGUGGACGCGAAAAAUCUGACCUUCUCCAGCGGAUACGACAUGAAGAACGACGAGGUGCAAACGGACCUCUUGAACGAGGCUGUGAAGGCAGCGAAAAAGGCUGACGUGGCUGUCCUGUUCGUCGGCAUCCCUCACGAGUUGGAGGCAGUUGACCGUGUGGACCUUUGCCUCCCGGCGAGCCACACCAAGCUGAUCCAGUGUGUUGCUGAAGCGCAGCCCAACGUGGUUGUGGUGCUGUCUAACGGCGCACCGGUGGAGAUGCCGUGGGUGGAUUGUGUGCCGGCCAUCAUGGAGGCGUACCUGCCUGGCCAGGCUGGAGGUGGCGCCAUGGCAGAUGUGCUGUUCGGCGUCUGUUGCCCGUCGGGUAAGCUCGCGGAGACGUUCCCAAAGAAACUGAGGGACACCCCACCGUUUCCCUUCUACCCGGAGAAGAAGGAUGCGGUGUACCGCGAGGGCGUCUUUGUCGGCUACCGUUACUACGACAUGAGAGAAAUUGAGCCGCUCUUCCCGUUCGGUCACGGCCUGAGCUACACCAAUUUCCAAUACAGUGACCUGGUUGUUGAGGCGAAGCACAACACCACUCCUUCCGACGUCGCCGUGUCGGUUGCGCUGACUGUGAAGAACACAGGGAAGGUGGCUGGGCAGGAGAUCGUUGAGCUAUACGUCCACGACACGCACGCACCGGUGGCGCGCCCGGAAAAGGAGCUCAAGGAGUUUGCAAAGGUGCUCCUCCAGCCCGGUGAAUCGAAGAAGGUGUGUUUCACGCUGGAUAAACGCUCAUUCUCAUACUACUCUGUGGAUGCGAAGGAGUGGCGCAUGCAUGACAAGACGUACACAAUUCUCGUGGGUGCGUCGUCGCGCGACAUUCGUCUGCAGGCGCAGGUGCAGGCAACGAAGGUAAAGGUGAAGGAUGCUCCCGAGAUCUACCGCAACUCUCCUCUGAAGGAGGCGGCCAAGUACCCCGAGAUGGUGCCGCACGUGGCGAAGAUCCUCGAGAAGGCUGGAAUACCUCCACUGGAUGAGGGCUCGGACAUGUAUGAGCUGAUAUACGGCUCGUCCAUCCGCUCAAUCUCCCGCUUUGGGGGCCUCAAUGAUGCAGAGAUCGACGAGUUCAUUGAGAAGGUCCGCCUCGCUGCGUCACGUGCGUAG